AUGCCGUACUUGGAGCAAGCCGGGUUUGGGUCAGUAGCAUUGAUCCGGACCACCAACUUGCACUAUGAUUUAUUAUCUGCAUUAGUGGAGCGGUGGCGCCCAGAGAUCCACACUUUUCAUUUUCCGUGUGGGGAGUGCACGGUGACUUUGGAGGAUGUUGCAAUGCAGCUUGGGCUCCCAAUUGACGGGAGUCCUCUCCUAGGAGAGUCACCAGAGGACGAAGAAUCAAAUUUUUCGGGCUUAAAAUUUACAUGGCUGAAAGCCAAAUUUGGACAAUUAUCAGCUAGUGCUACUGAAGGUGAGUUGAUGUGCGCUGCUCGAGCGUACAUCAUGCAUAUCAUAGGGGGAGUACUCAUGCCCGAUGCAAACAACAAUAAGGUGCAUUUGAUGUACUUGCCCCUGUUAACUGAUUUGUCCACUGUUAACUCGUACAACUGGGGCUCUGCCUUUCUAGCAGUGUUGUACCGGGAGCUUUGUCGGGUGACAAACCCGGAUGUUGUAGACAUGGGCGGAUGCCUCACGUUGCUGCAAUCCUAG